AUGCUUCAACAUUCUUUUGAUGGCAAAAACUACAUCUGCAGAACAUGCCAUGCUAAAUUACUUAAAGGUCAACAGCCUUGUCAAGCUGUGGUAAACAAUUUAUUUGUUGAUGAAACCCCUACUGAACUUGCUGCAUUAGAGAAACUUGAACAAAUUCUUGUUGCCCAGAGAAUAGUCUUUGAAAAAAUUGUAAUAAUGCCAAAAGGACAACAAAGAAAAAUUAAAGGUGCAAUAUGUAAUGUACCAGUUGAAUGUAGUCAAACAUGCAAUGUUCUUCCCAGACCACCUGAGAGAUCUGGGAUAAUUUUACUUAAAUUAAAAAGGAAACUUCAAUUUAGAGGUCAUGUUUACUUUCAAGCAGUUCGCCCUCAGUUUGUAAUUAGUGCAUUAAACUGGCUUGUAGCAAACAAUCCAUUAUAUAGAAACAUUGAAAUUCAAUGUGCCAACAUCAGCCCAGAGUUGACUAAUUUGAACUGUCCUGUUACAGAUCUCGAAAAUGUAGACGAGCAUUUGCAAACUAAUAUAAACAGAGAACUUCUCAAUGAAGAUGCUGAAGAACAAGAUGAUCCAUUAAAUGAACACCGGUCAGCUGCAACUGAAACCUGUCUUCAGUCUAUUUUGCCAAAUUAUCCUGUAAACGUGGACAAUAGAAACUGUGAUAAUUCAACAGGUAGAGAAAUUUUCAACAUUGCACCAGGUGAAGGUAAACACCCAGUAUCAUUGAUGACUGAUAAACUUUGUGAGGAACUGUCAUUUCCAGUACUGUUUCCAAAAGGAAGAUUUGGGUAUACCGUUGAACGAGACAUAAAAUUAUCUCUAAUAAAAUAUUUCAAUGCUCGCCUCUUGCAUUAUAGUGGGAAAUUUGCAACCAAUCCAGAGUAUCUAUUCUUUGCACAAUUCAUUAUGGAACAGAAAAAGAUCUCUGAUAGUAUAAAUAUAGCUCUUAAAAAAAUACAUGGGCAGUCAGUCACAGCAUCACAAGUAAAAUCAAACAGUCAAGCUUUUCAAAAUCUUCUUUUGCAAGAUCAAGCAUAUUUGUUUUUACGACAAAUUCCUGGCUCACCUUCUUACUGGCAAAAAUUCAUGUAUGAAGUGGUAGCAAUGGUUAAACAACUGGGAAUACCAACAUGGUUUAUGACGCUUUUAUGUGCAGACUUAAGAUGGCCUGAGCUAUUUCAGAUUAUUGCAAGAACAAAAGGUAACAACAUGACAGAUGAAGAAGUGGAUGCUCUGUCCUAUCAUGAGCGAUGCUCAAUGUUAAAUUUAAAUCCAGUUAUUGUAGCUAAACAUUUCCAGUAUCGAGUCAAAACAUUUUUCAGGGAUGUUUUGCUUACAAAUGCAAACCCAAUUGGUAAGAUAGUAUAUUAUGCACUCCGUAUCGAAUUUCAAAUGAGAGGUUCACCACAUUUGCAUGCCUUAAUAUGGACAUCUGAUUGCCCAGACUUAACGAAUGAUACAAAAGAUGCAUACAUAGAUUACAUUGACCAACAUGCACAAGCAUACCUCCCCGACAAAGAAACAGAUCCUCAACUUUAUGACUUAGUGAAAACAUACCAGACACAUAAUCACAGGAAAACCUGUAGAAAGUAUAAGAACGUUGCAUGUAGAUUUAACUUUGGACAGUUUUUUACUGACUCGACAAUUGUUGCUGAACCUUUGGCAGAAGAUAUGGAUGAAGAGAUUAAAUCCAAUAUUCUAACUAGACGAAAGGAAAUUUUGUCUAAAGUUAAACAAAAAAUUGAUGAUGUACUAAACCCAAACAAACCUACUUAUGAUCCACAUGCAACUCCAACUGACAUCCUAAACGAUAUAGAUGUUACAGAGCAAGACUAUCAAUUGGCUAUAUCAUUAUCUCCAGACUCUGACUAUGAAUUGCACCUCAGAAGACCAAUAGAUAGUUGUUUUAUCAACAAUUAUUUUAUUGCUGGGUUAAAAGGAUUUGCCGCAAAUGUUGACUUGCAACCAGUGUUUAAUCAUUACAAGUGUAUCACAUACGUUUGUUCUUAUUUUACAAAGGAUGAAACUGAAUGUUCUCAAGCCAUCAUAAAUGCAGCAAAAGAGGCUAAAGAAGCCAACGUAAAUCUCAGAGAUGGCCUAAGAAAAAUAGGUGCAGCUUUUCUCUCGACUCGUGAAGUCAGUGCUCAAGAAUGCGUUUACAGGUGCAUGCCUGAACUUUGGUUAAGAAAAAUAUUCCCGAAAACUCUCUUUGUUAGCACGGAUUUUGCAGAAAAUCGCGUUAGAUUUGCGAAGAAACAACAAGAACUUGAUGAAUUAGAUGACGAUAGUACUGACAUUUUUAAGUCUAACAUUAUUGUCCGUUACAGUGACAGACCGAAAAACAUUCCUGUCGUUAAUGAUAUGUGUUUAGCUUUAUUUGCUGCGAUUUGCUGCUAUUUCAAAGAUUACAAAAGUGAUUUUAACGAAGUAUCUGAUUCUCAACCUGAAGUGUUAACCGAUGACCUCAUUGAAUCUCAAAAUAUCGAAAAUCAUAACACUCGACUUCCCGAUCGAAUAAAACUUGUAAACAGCAGAGAAAUUAUGAAGUGCAGAAAAAUUAAAGCUGUCAUUCGAUAUCACACUCCAAACAAAAGAAAAGAGCCUGAAAAAUAUUUUCACCACCUUCUCAUGUUGUAUUUUCCGUGGCGUAACGAGCAGGAACUCUUUGGCGAAGACCAUACAUACAUAUCUAAGUUUUAUGAGCCAGAUGUUCAAGAGGUAGUACAACGCAACAAAGAAAUAUUUGAGCCAGAUGGGGAUGCUAUUAAUCAAGCACUAGAAAAUUUACGAAACUUUGAUGGCGUACCAACUCACUCCUAUGAUCCAAUAAAUGACCAGGAAAAUGAAGAUUUGCGACAAAGUUUACCUGACGAUUCUGAUGAAACCGAGUCAUUUAACGAAUCGUUGCCACAACAUCUUGCAUCAAAUCCUGAAUCAGCUCAACCAUCUUCUGGAAUAUGUUCUUAUAAUCAACCCUUAGAAAUCAGUGACGACGAUCUACGAAAAACUGUAAGAUCAUUGAACAACAAACAACGUUAUGCAUAUGACGUAGUUCUUUCCUGGUGUAGAAAUAAGAUGGCCAAUCUAAACACCCUUAAACCAUCUAAAGUAGAUCCGAUACAUGUUUUUGUUACUGGAGGUGGAGGUGCAGGGAAAUCACACUUAAUUAAAGCUAUAUAUCAUACUGUUACAAAAACUUUUAGACAUGCUCCAAUGAAUCCUGAAUUGCCUUCUGUAUUGCUAAUGGCUCCAACUGGUGUAGCUGCCAUAAAUAUCAACGGAACAACCGUAAACACUGCACUGGCCAUUCCAAGAGAGUGUGGUAAUAAUGUGCCUGCAAUGUCUGAUCAGAGAAGAACACAAAUGAGAUUGUCUUUAGCUGAAUUGAAACUAAUCAUAAUUGAUGAAAUAUCAAUGGUCUCAAACAUGGGUCUGCUGCAUAUUCACCAGAGAUUGAAAGAAAUAUUUGUUACACCUAACAGUGAACUUUUUGCAGGAAUCAGUGUACUUGUUUUCGGAGAUUUCUUUCAGCUACCACCAAUUCGAAGCGCAACAACAUUUUCAAAUUAUAAGAAUGAUACAUUCAAUCUGUACCAUCCCUGGCAUGUCUUUAAAAUGGCAGAACUAACACAGAUCAUGAGACAAAAAGAUGACCUCGCCUUCACUCAACUAUUAAAUAGAGUGCGCACCGCUUCACAUACAGACGAUGAUAUCAGGUGUAUUCAAUCCAGAACAAUAACUCCAGGGGAUGAAAAUUAUCCAUCGGAUGCAUUACACAUCUUUGCAGAAAAUACACCAGUAGAUGAGUACAAUAUUGAUCGCCUACAACAAAUUCAAUCACCACAGUACGUUUUAGAAGCUUUAGAUCAAUUCCCACCUCAUGUUAGAAAACAGGAUAUCGAUAGAGUGCUGUCUAAAGGAAGAUCCGAAACUGGAGGGCUUGACACUAAAAUCCUGAUCAAAGAAAAUGCAAGAGUUAUGCUCACAACCAACGUAGAUAUUAGCGAUCGGCUAAUUAAUGGGCAGUUAGGUACAGUAAUAAAAGUUUCUGUUGACAAUGUUAGUAAUAAACCCUCCACAAUUUUUGUUAAAUUUGAUGACAGUAACGCUGGAAUAUCUGCUAUACGAAAUUCGUCCAGUAGUUUUGCAAGAGAAAACAAUCUUGUUCCUAUCAAACCUGUAUUGGCGAGAAUUAAAGUCAGACCAGAAAAACCAUCAUCUCCUGAAAUGCAAAGAUUACAAUUUCCUGUAACUCUUGCAUGGGCAUGCACUGUUCAUAAAGUACAAGGAUUAACUCUAGAUAACAUUGUCGUCAGUUUUGAUUUAAAGAAGCAAAGGUAUUUUAACUAUGGUCAGGUAUAUGUAGCACUUAGUCGAGCAACGUCUUUAAAUGGCCUGCAUAUUUUAGGAACACUUGAAAGUAAACAUAUUCGAGCUAAUCCUAAAGUCCAGGGAGAAUACGAGAGAUUGCGUGAAACUUCGAGUCUCCACCCGCAUAUUACAACAGAUUUAUGUAACAUAGAAACUGUCUCAAUUUGUCUUUUAAAUAUUAGAUCAUUUAAAAAACACAGUCUUGACCUAAGUAAUGACCCAAUCUUGUCCAAAUGUGAUGUGUUUGCCCUUACAGAAACUCAACUUUUAACCAGUGUACCAAAUGAUGAUAUUAACUCAAUCCUCAACGAUUUUUCUAUACACAGACAAGAUCAUAAUUCUGACAAGUUCUUAAGUCUAGCUGUUUGCUACAAAGACAUUAUUACACUGUGUGAUACAGAAUAUUUCACUUCAAUAAAUGGUUUACGAUUUUUACUUAAUAACUCCGGUGGGAAUACCUUAUCCUGUCUACUGCUUUAUCGUAAGCACGGAGGUAACAUUCAGCAAUUCAUAGCUUGCCUUGAUUACAUAAUAACUAGCUUGGAUAUUGACGUUAUAUUUGGAGAUUUCAAUAUUGAUUACUUUAAUGAAAAGAACAUUUCUUCAUUGAAAGUACUCGCCGAGUCUUUAAAUUAUGUGCAACGUGUAAGUAAACCAACAUUUGUUUCAUCCGGAAGUCUUCUCGAUCAUGUUUACGUAAAACAGUCAAUAAGCAAUAAAAUAGAAGCAAACGUUGUAAGUGUGUAUUAUUCAGAUCAUGAGGCUGUUAAGGUAACUGUAAGAUUUUGACAAGUAGUUUCAUUAAAAAUUUUGACAUGUAGUAUUACGCCAGUAGUUUCAAUAACGUUACGGUAUAUAACCCAUUAAACUCGCACUAUUUAAUUGCAGCAGAAAAACUAAUCGAAUAUUAAAAAAUCGCUGAAAUGAAAAUCCAGUCUAGGAGAGACUGGGAUGGGGAAUUCUGGUACAUCCCCAAAGAGACUGACGUGAGGAGUCUCCUGCAGUUCCAUGCAAACAAGGUAUGUUCAAUCAUUUUUAAAUUGAAGCUAGAUGCAACAUGUACAUUGACUAUACUUAGUAUAGUACACUAUGCAGCUCAAAUGCGCUGUAAGUUCAAAUACAUCACUCAAAAUGUUUUCUUUUAGGACUGAAAGUUUGAAAUGAGACAGUUCGGGGAAUUAUCACCAAUUAUGUUAAGGUAUGUCCCAAAGUAGUUAUGAUUUAUACUUAGUCUUCCUAUGAUUAUGUAUAAUGAGUAAAAGGAUUUAUAUUCACUCCUUUAAGAGACAAUACGGCCCACUUACUCUGUCUAAUGGCAGACGAUUUUACCCGUCAAGGGGAGCGCGCUGUGCGCAAACAAACGAUCUUAUGUAUACGCUGUCUCUAUAUCGAUGAGCUUAUUGUAGCUCUGGGGCAAAUCCAAUUAAAUAUGUUUAUAUAUUGACACACUGUCAAGUUUUUUUAUAUUCAACUAAGACCUGGAACCUUAUUUUUCUUAUAUACUGUAAUUCUUCAUUUCUUUAUUUUGUAGAAAAAUGUUCAACACAUCACUUUAUACAACGAAAUAUGUUCGACUAUUAAUUGAAAUGAUGAUAUGUGUACACGAACUUCAUUGUGGUGUCUCCACUAUUCUGAUCACGGGCCGGAAUUGACGCUAUGAAUUGUUCGUGAAUUUGUACGCCAGUCGCCAGUCAAUUAAUAUUGCUAUUAAAGUGGAUUUGUUUGCGAUUUCACAAGUUCCUUGAAAUACGACUGUUAAUUAUUUGAGGACAAGACUAACGUAUAUUGAUUAUCCUUCAUUAUUGGUACCCUUACAACGAACAUCGCCAUUUCUACUGGACCGAGUACUGGUAAAUCAAUGAAAUUGAACUAUCGACGCUUCAUAAAAAAUAAACAUUAUUAAAGCUUGCAGAAAUGGUUUCCAUGCAUUAAACAACUUGCCAAAUUUGCUUUGUUCAGAUGCAAGAUUUGUUCCGUGAUUAUAUAAUCAUAAUUCAUACUCACAUUGAAUAUUUAAACUUCAAAUAGUCCUAGUGAUUGUUUCAGAAUAUUGUUCUAAUGCGAUGUAUACUGUAGAAAAAUCUGUAAUUCUUUUACUAGUUGCAUAAUGAUACUUCGAUGCGUAUCUGCAAGUAUUGCUAACUGAACUGUUCUAAUCAAUAGAGUCUCGCUCUAAACUGUAUUCGAGUUGAUUAUACUUGUCUAUAUCUGUAAACUGUACUAGGUAGCAGCAGCAGCAAAACUUGAUGUUAGCGCUACUGUACUAACUUACUGGUAAUGGCUACCUUUUGCAGUAUAUUACAGUCAAAAUACAAGAACCUUCCCACUUCCGCAAUCUGUUGUAAUUUUCUGUAAAUUGUUCUGUUUUCCUGUACCGGUUACCAAAUUAUGAGCAACUAUAGUGACAAAUUUAGUUUUCACUUGUAUAGCCCCAGCGAGUUAACGCUCUAUAGAGCGUCUUGUUUCAUUUCAAUUCCGUCAAAUAUUAGUUAAAAUCAACAAUUCAAAUUUUGAAUAAACACAUAGUAAAUACUGGGUUACACUUGCCAGUUGCCACUUGGUUGACAAAACUGGAGAAAGCAUGUUUGAACCCACAUAGUAUGGAUAUUAUAAAACAAUAUGUGAAUAUGAAUAAUAUUUACUUGCUGAUUGCUUCAAGCCUAUUAUUAGCCAAAACAUGAAAAUUAUUUGAGAGUAUUUGUAUGUCGUUGGUAACGACAGCAUAUUUGGACAGUGCUGAAAAUCUGUCAAACCGCUUUUUCCGUCGGGGUUUUCAGGCAAACGCCUGCAAUAAAGUCAUUAAACAUUUAAUUGCGACUGUAACAUGAAGUAUAUCAUGACACACAACAAAGAAAAUAAAAUUGAUAUCCGAUAGAAGCACGAUGAACUUGUGAAGUAUAAAGGUUAAAGUAGGAAAUCCAGGUACGAAUAAUAUGCUAUUAUAAUCCAGGUACGAAUGAUAUUCAGUGUUGCAAUACACAAUUGCUGCUAUAACACGUUUUAAUGUGUGUAUUUGGCUCCUUUUAACAUAAAAAAAAACAUUGAGUUAAUGUCGGCCGGAAAAUUUUAAGUUUACAUUAUAAUUUUUUGUUUGAUUACAAACAAAAACAUAUUGGGUUAGAUUUAAUGAUUGGGGUAUUUGAACUCAGGUAAAGUUAUUUAAGAUGUUUCUAUUGUGAGUGUCUCCACAUCGGGCAAGCUGAAAUUUUGUUGACUGCGGGGGAGAUCAAACCAGCGAUCUUUGUUUUGCUAGUUAACCUACUAUAUAACUCCGUUGGCAGGGCAUUGGAGAUGCAAACCAAUAGUCGCAGGUCAAGCGUUUUUUUCAGCUUGCAAAUGUGGAGUAACUCAGAAUUCCGUCAUCUCAAAAAUAAUGGAUUAGAUCGUGCAAUAUUGUAAUAUUCUGGGUUUUUAAACCAGGGAUGGAUCCAGCAUGAUCUGGUAGGGUGGGUGGGGAGGGGGGUCUCUGCCAGCUCUGGUGCCGAGUUGUGUCGGUCAUGUGUGCCGCCCACCCAUCAACUUGCUUCACUACUGCAAAGUCUUGCUUAACCACUGUAUUUGAAUUGUAAUUGUUGUUCACAGUUCGCUUAUCAUCAUGUUAUUACUCAAAUUACUGCAUCUCAUUUUGUCUCUAGUAAUUUCUUGCUUUAUCGUGAAAAAUAGCACUCCCCCUGUACCCCUUUGGCCAGGGCUAGGGGGUGCACACCUCUUUCCCCCAACCCAGCACCCCCCAGUGAAUCCAUCCCUGGUUUAAAACCAGUGUAAAAAAGCCAUUUCGAUUACAAUCGUUUUAGGUUAUAAGUUACCAUGUCAUUGUCAGUCAAUCGUGAGAAGUCACGUAAACGACACUAUAGGCAGUGAAUCAUUUGUGAAACGUGCAAGAAAGAAAUUGACUCGGACUAUAAAGACGACCAUGUUAAAAAAGUGCACAAGGGUGAAAAAGUGAAAUUUAGUGUUGUGGUCGACGCGCAUCAGCCACAACUUAGUGACUUCUUCGUUAGUAGAGCAAAACCACCCAAGCGUUCAAUGCCUGAUACGAAAAGCAGUGAAAGCGUUUCUUGUUCACCAAUAUCUAGCACAGAUAACACUUACUGUCAUUUUCCACAUCCAGUAGAUGAGGAUAUCAGUCAUAUCACUUCCAAUAUGACGUCAACCUCCUCUUACGUGCGGGACAUCGCUCCUUGUCAUUCGUCAGCCAUUGCUUCCAAAGUACAGGAUCCAAAGGAGAACGUCACUCUCAUUGACGUUUCAAACACUCAAUUCAACCUGCAGGACUCAACAGACGAUUUCACUUCUACUCAGCCUUCAACCACUUCUUUCAACAUGCAUGAUUCAACGGAAAACCGCAUCAUUGAUAACUGGUCAAAUACCUUCUCCAAAGCUCAAGACUCGAGAGAAAACGUUUGCCACAACCAGUCGUCAAGCAACUCGUCUAACUCUUCCUUCAACUUGCAAGGCUCAGGAGAAGAUUUCCAUCAAACUCAGUCUUCAAUCACCUCCCCAACUCCAUGCUGUGCACCAAAACAACCUAUACUGAAGGGAUACAAUCGAAAGAAGUUCGGGAAUGAAAAAACAAGUAGAGAUUUUAAUCCACAAUGGUACAAAACGUAUCCUUGGAUUAGUUUUGACAUUGAACGCCGUCAGUGUGUAUGCUUUGCGUGUAGAGAAUUCAUGAGAGAUAAUACGUUCACUUUCGAUAACUGGAAAAGAAGUGACAGGCUCAAAAAGCACACAAAGAGUGGUGUUCACAAAAACGCAAUGGCCAAGUGGAUCAACUCAAGGAUCAGUGCAAAGCACAAAACAUCUGUAAUGAAACAAUUAACAGACGCUCAUCAAAAAGAUGUUCUACGCAACCGCGAGUAUUUACGUAUAAUCAUUACCAGCAUAUUCUAUAAUGCACAGCAAAACGUGGCUUUACGAGGACACGAGGAAAACAGAAAUGAUAUCGGCAAAAUGUCCGACAUAAAUAGAGGAAACCUAUUGGAAUUAUUACACCUCAGAUGCGAUGACAUCCCGUGGCUCGACGAAAAGCUACAAAGUCAACUUAAGCUUCACGCUCAGUGGACAUCGCCAUCUAUUCAGAAUGAGAUAUUAGAAAUUAUAUCUAGAUUUCUUGUCGAGCGAAUCAAUCAGGAUGUACUAUUAAGCCGUAACUUUGCUCUAAUCAUGAAUGAAACUUCAGAUAUUAGCCGCAUAGAGCAGGUAUCAAUCUGCCUAAGGUAUGUUUUGACUGGCAAAACAUUAGAGACUUUCAUCGGAUUUUUUUCGACAGCAUCAACAGAAGGCGAAGUUUUAUUUGAACUUGUAAAGAGGGUCAUCACUGAACGUGGCUUGAAGUUAGAGGAUAUUUUUGCCGAGUGCUUCGAUGGUGCAUCCAAUAUGAGUGGCGUUCGGAAAGGCGUAGCGGCACGAAUGAAAGAAUGCUCACCGCGAGGAGUAUAUAUACAUUGUUACGCGCAUAUCCUUAACUUGGCACUGCAAGACACUAUGAGUGAUGUGCAGCCACUCCGAAAUGCACUAGGGACAUUACAAAGUCUGUAUAAUUUCUUGGAGGCAAGUCCAAAACGUCAUGCCGUGUUUAAUUCUGUUAAGAUUGAUGGUGAUCACCUUGUUCUCACACUAAAAUCUUUGAGUGAAACGAGAUGGUCCUGCAGAUGGGAAGCAGUAAAAGCAGUCAGCGAGCAAAUGCCGAAAAUUAUCAAAGCUCUUCUCAUUUUAACAAAGGAUAAGGAUACUAAGACGUACACGGACAGCGUUGCCAUUUUGAAUGCCAUUUGUGAUUUUGAAUUCGUAUUUGGCUUGAUUCUUCUGAAGGUGAUAUUAUCAAAUACAAGCAGUCUAAGUAACUAUCUACAAGGGAAAGGCCUCGACGUUAUCACUGCAAAAAGAAAUGCUGAUCUCACGAUCAACACGCUCCAUAAAUGUCGCAACGAAAAGAAUUUUGAACUCUUGUGGGAAAGAGCACAGAUCAUGUCCAAUGAAAUGAAAAAGGACAUCAAGGGAUCUCGUUUCGUAUUCAAAGAGGCAAGGGCACUGCGGAACAAACCAUCCCUUCGCCUGCAAGCACUUAUCGGUGAAUCCACGAAUACCGCGUGUGUGACAACGCCGAAAGCCCAUCAUCGCAUCAAUACAUUCUACCUAUCUCUCGACAAAGUGCUUAGCGAAAUGAAAUCGCGAUUUCACAACAACGAUCAAGAAAUUUUGUGUGCUUUGGGAGACGUUGUGCUAAACGACUCACCUUUAGAAAACAGCUUUGAUGCUGUGGCAGAGUUUUACAAUGUCGAUAGGGAUCUUCUUGAAGUGGAGAAGAGUAUGUAUCAAAAUUCCAUCAUGGACGAGUCCAAUCCUCGGGCGAAAACUGCGGCAAACGUUGUCGACAAAAUGUUUCAGGAUGGACUAUGCGACUUAUUACCUGUAUUAUACGAGGCAGCAACCAUUCUUGCGUCGAUUCCCGCUACGUCCUGUACUGCUGAAAGGUCAUUCAGUGGAUUGCGGCGCGUGAAAACCUACCUCCGCUCGACAAUGGGCGAAGAACGCUUGAAUUCUAUCGCUGUCAUUAACAUUGAACGAGCAUAUGCUAACCGAAUUAUUAAGAACGACAUGGUUAAAAUAAUUGACACUUUUGGUAGACGAAAUGGACGAGAUAGCUAUUUUUUCUAA